CAUGACAGGAUUUGAGGAGAAGCACGUGAAGGCAGCACGAAGGAGGCGGCUGCAAGGACUGCAGUGACACAAAAGCUACUGUGAAGCUACAGGAACUAGACGCUCCGAGCUCAACUUUUGUACUUAACGUGUGCUUCUGUGUGCCUCAACUGAGCAACAUGAUGCUUGUUAUUGAGAAGACACUGGACCAAAAGCUUGCGGUUCCUUCAAGUUGACAGGAUCUUCUUACAUUUCCGUUGUCCAAUGGAAGCCAAGGGAUGCAGCCAGAGGUGGAAGACGCAUCUCCCAGAGUUUAAACAUAGCCGGGGAUGCCCGAGUCCGACUACAAAAGACAGUGAAAGUGGCACGACAGAGAAAGAGAGAGACAGAGGAAGGCCACACAGAAAUGUUACUGUGGCUCCCACCUCCAGGUAUCUGACAGACAGACAGUAUGUGAUGAGAAAGCCUCUGUUCUCCCCUGAACAACAUGCAUCUAUCUUAAAGAAGACCCAUCCACAGAAGUACACAGAGAAGGAGAACCAGUUGGGUGUUAGCAGAAGUGAAGAAAAUAAGCAACCCAGUGACCUACAGUUCUUGACCAGACCAAGAGAGGAGCUGACCCCAGAGAGCUACAGCCUCUCUCAGAGAGACAUUUCACGUCCCUCGGCCUCAAGACAAGACCCCGGCUCACCCUGGGGUGUCUCGGAGCUCGGGGCCAGGCUGUGCCAUGAAGAACCCAGUUUUGUAUCACCUUUCCCUAGGAGCAGAUCAGCUCAGCAGAGCUUCUUGAACUCCACCCUGGAGGUCCAGAGACCGAACCCACCUCUUAGGCCACAACUGACCUCCACUGUUCUGUAUCCUACUUGCACCCCUCGCUCAGAGCACUCCAGGCCAGGCCAGACCCAGCUCAGGCUGGGAGGGAGGGAGCAGAGAGGCAAGGAAAAGACCAAACCAUGCUCUUCUGGAGGACAUAUAAGAGGACAUCCAAUGUCUCCCCACCAGGCCAACUACUGGGCCUGUGCCAUCCCUAAGGCUUUGCCUCCAUCUCCAGACCGGACCUCUGCAGGCUGGGACCCGAACAGGGAGUACCAGGCCCUGCUGGACUACACCUACCCUCUUAGACCAGGGCAGGUGCUCUGUGAGGGGCACAGCUCCAAGCUCCAGGAAGACUCUCUCUUCCAAACAUACCCCAACCUGCAGGACUCAGGGAUUGAACUGGACCAUCUUUGUAGCUCCACCAGCCUGUCAGGGUUGGACUUUUCUUUUAGCGUGGGUCAUAAGUCACCUGAAUCCCCCGAUGGUCCGCCCUCCGGUGCCUUGCUCUACCGAACAGACCCUGUGGCUUUGUCCUUUGACAGUUUGGAUGAUAGUAAGAACAGAGAUGAAAUGAAUCGUCACAAGUGUGACGGCCGCCAUCAUCAGCACCAUGCACUGUCCUCCUCCACUACUGCUCUCCCACAGUCCAGGUGUGUAUGUGGGGAGGUGGACGAGGAGUUCUGGCCUCUUCCAGAGCAGCUGGAGGAGCUACAGCUGCUCCCCAGACAGGUGAGGGAAGUAACAGCCCAGCUGAGCCGGCCUGUCACAGCCAGCUGGGAGUCUCUGGAGCCGGGCACCCCCUCCAUCCUCUCCUCCAUCACCCUGCCUGAGAAACAGAAGGCUGAAGUCAAAGAGCUGGAGGGCAGCAAUCAGGACACAGCAGCUGAUCGCAGGGACUUUGAGGCAGUGAGGAGGAGUUCUGGAGUCUGGGUGGAGCCUGUAGGAGGGGGACUGAGUCCAUCCCGUCUCAGGGAGGUGGAGGUUUUGGUGGAGCAGCUGUGUGGCCUCACCCUGCCUGGCAACAAGAGGGGCAGCCAGGAGGACCAGGAGCAAAGUGACUCCCUGAUGCAACACAUCCAGGUCUUCUGCUCACACCUGGAGCAGCUCAUAAAGCAGUUAUAUACAGUGUCAGAGAAGAUGGAGCUGCUGGCGGCGCCCACUGUAGACAUAGACAGUGUAAAGUCAUCUCUGGCUGAGUAUCAGAGUUUUCAGAGAGAAGUGAGCGGUCAACAGCCCCUGACCUCCUGUGUUCUGCACACCGGACAGCUUCUCCUCAGCUGCAUCAACGCCAUGUCUCCACUUUUAAGAGACACCCUUCUGUUGAUUGAGAGGCAGCGUGGAUCUCUGGACACCCACAAUGAACACUUGUUCUCCUCCAUCCUGUCUGCCAUGGACAGCCUCACCCAGCCCAGCCCGGUCCAGCAGAACAAAGAGGAGGACCCGGGCCCUGUGGGGGUCCAAGGAUCCACUUUGUAAACGGACUGCACGACGCGUCUGUGAUAUAAUUAAUUUCACUUAUUCCAUUGUUAUCUUACUUUCUUCAGUUUCAUAAUACAGGGCUCUCAUUUCUGUUUCUAAUACAUAAAUGGUCUACUCAUAGUUACUGUCACCAUUGCAUUGAUCUGUCAAUUGAAAUGUCUGUGUUUAAAUGAUAAAUUACAUUUUCAAACUGAUUCUUAGACAGUAUCUGUCUUUCAUAUUCCACCUCACAGACUGUGAAUUUAUUCGUUAGGUCCUUCACAUGCUAAAUUUCAAAAAUGGAUAAUUAUUGCGAUGGCACACUGUGAUGUCAGUGGACAUAAACAGCUGUGUGUCUGGUCUACUUCAUACACACCAGUCAGUCUGAUCUCUGUCCAGUUGGCAGGUUACAGUCAUACACCAAUCCAACAAUUCUUUUUUUUUUGUCACAUGAUACAAUUCCAGUGAAAUGUAAUCCCAUUAGCUCUGAUUUGCACUGUACUGGAGGAUAUGGCUACUUGCACUAUGAUCUUAAUUUGUAGAACAGGAUUUUCUUACAGGGAUCAAUUACUUUUUAACGUUUUCUUCUCGUAGAUUUAAUUACCAGGACAGGUAUUGUCCUUGCAAUACGUGCAAUUGCUCUUAGGGGAAUUUUUGGGUCUCUGUAAAUUAUAGUGUGGUUUUGGUCAUUUGUGUGAACUCACUCUCUAAAAAAGCCUUUACAACCCGAAAAAACACAACCUGUUCACUGUACUGUAAUUCAAUCAAAGUCAUUGAAUAAAGCGCUUUGUUUCAAA